CGAAGGUAUUGUUCUUGAAAGCGAGGGUGUAGAUCAAAGCGCGGCCGGUGCAGAGUUCUUGCAGACGAAUCCUUUGGCCAUCCAGCUGGAAAAGGACCAAGCUAUGCUGGACGAGAUUGAAAUCAACAUGCUGAGAAUUAUGGCCGAAAGGGGCACUACAACUGGGGUUGCCUGGGAUGUUCCACCAUUCGCCCAAACAAGAGAAGCAGUUCCACACCCAAAUAUGGCUCGACGGCUCUCGGGCGGCUCUUCAGAUGAAGCAGUGGUUGAUGAACACGACGAUGAUGAUGACCUUAAGGAAGAUAACGACCAGCAGCACAAUAAUAAUAAAAGGCUCGGACUUCCUCAGCAUUCUCAACAUCUGCCCCGGAAAGAUAGCGACAGGGCAGGAGCCUUAAUGUUGGACGCAGCAACUCUACUCACGCAGGAGAAGUUGCAAGAGCUGGAGCAAAGACCGCACGACAGUUGUACUAGCGGCGAAGUUUUCUAUGAUGCUGGUAGAAAGACAAAGAAGAAGGACAAUUUCGGGGCUGCUCUCGAGGAGAAAAUCAGUGACAUGCAGAAGAAGCACGAAGAAGAGACGAAGAGAUUGAAAGCGGCGCUCGACAGUGAAGCGAGUGCGCUCCGGACGUUACGCUUGGCACACGAGGAGGUCAAGGACUCAAAUCAGCUCUUCCGACGAGUGAACGCCGAGCAGAAACAACUGCUCGAUUCGCAGCGGCAGGAAUUGGACAAGCUGAAGUAUGAGAAUGUGAAUGUGCAAGACAAAACCGAGCUGAUCCGCAAUCUGCAAGAGAAGGAAAGGGAAAUCAAAGAGGAGUUGCUGAGGAGCAAGGAGGAGUGCGAUUUCCUGAGCCAGGAGCUCAACGUCGCGGAG